CGGGAGACUGCAGGUUGCGUCAGCCGGAAGUGGGGCGGGAGACGCUGAUUGGGCGGUGAGGCGGUCAGCGGGCAGGUUGGGGACGUGAGUCGGCGCCAUGUACCGGGUAGAGGAGAGGGGUCGAGUGAACACCAGCUCUUACAGGCUGUACCUCCGAAAUGCCCAAGGUCAGAUUGUUUCUCCUUUCCAUGACAUCCCACUUUGGGCUUCAGAAUCACAGAAUGUGUUUAACAUGGUUGUGGAGGUUCCUCGUUGGACCAACGCAAAGAUGGAGAUCGCAACAAAGGAACCAUUGAAUCCAAUCAAGCAAGACAUUAAAAAAGGGAACAUGCGAUUUGUGGCGAAUAUUUUCCCUCAUAAGGGAUAUAUUUGGAACUAUGGGGCUCUUCCGCAGACAUGGGAAGACCCCACUCACACUGAUGAAUUGACUGGAUGUGUUGGAGACAACGAUCCCAUUGAUGUCUGUGAAAUUGGAACCAAAGUGUGUACAAGAGGUGAGGUUAUCCAGGUAAAGGUUCUUGGGACUCUGGCAUUGAUUGAUGAAGGUGAAACUGACUGGAAGAUUAUUGCAAUUGAUAUUAAAGAUCCUGAGGCAGAUAAAUUUAAUAGUAUUGAUGAUGUGAGAAGGCUAAAGCCAGGAUAUCUGGAGGCCUCAGUUGACUGGUUCAGGCGAUAUAAGGUGCCUGAUGGAAAAGCUGAAAACCAGUUUGCAUUCAACAGUGAAUUCAAGGAUAAGGACUUUGCCAUUAAUGUAAUCAAAAACACACACGCUUCUUGGAAAGCUUUGGUAAUGAGAAAAUCUCCAACUGGAGAAAUUAACUGUACAAACACUAUGGUGUCUGAUAGCCCAUUCCUGUGCUCUGAAACUGACGCUACUGCUGUUGUGGAAAAAUUACCAGAAUUUGGAGCGGGCGAUUCAAUGCCAGUGGAUGUGGACAAGUGGUGGUAUGGGAAAAAGAACUGAUCAACGAACUUGCUAUUGGCUGCUGUAAUCCAAAUCUGUGCUGUUUCUUUUCAAUUCAUUCAACUGUUAAGUAAUCUAGCAGAUUUGAAGAAAAGGAAAAGUGAAGACGACUACUAAAUGUACAUCUGUGAUGAGUAGCAUUUACUUUGGAUAAUUAGUGUGAUGUCCAAUAAAUUUUAACAAUCUG